AUGUCCCAAGGAGAGGUGGAGCAGCUAUUACAAUCAAGCGAGCAGCAGUCGAAGAUCCAAUCAUUUCCAUCACUAGGCAGACAAUUGUCUAUAUACUCUCUCACCCUUGAUGAGUUUCAACACACUCUUUGUGAAAGUGGGAAGAAUUUUGGAUCCAUGAAUAUGGAUGAAUUUCUCAACAGCAUAUGGACUGCCGAAGAGAAUCAAGCGCAAGUAAAUGCACUUUCGGACACUGGAACCAGUGUCCAUGCAGCACAAUCUUUCCUGACAGAUAAGGGCAUAGGUAAGCAACACAGCAUAUCAAGACAAGGCUCUCUCACUAUUCCAGAGCUUUUAUGCAGGAAAACAGUGGAUGAAGUAUGGUCUGACAUUCACAAGAAUCAACAGCAGAAAAAUAGUGAGCAUUAUGUUCAGAAUCCCGAUUCUGCUCAGCAACAACCCACGUUUGGAGAGAUGACAUUAGAAGAUUUCUUAGUUAAAGCGGGGAUUGUAAGUGAACAGGAUAAACCCCCGGCACCACCUCAGCAGCCAUAUGGAAUUUACCCAAAUAGAAACAAUCAUACAGUGGGACCUACUUUUGCUGCUAGGCCUGUAAGGAGUGUUGGUGGUGGUGCUGUCGCAAAUGUUGCAACUUAUCAGACGCUUCCACAGAGUAGCAUCGGGGAGGUGGCAGGUUUUCCUGGGGAAAUGAAACAAGGUCAUGGUUAUGCACAGCAACCAUCGGCAAUGUACGGAGGGAGAAUGGGAAAUGGCAGUGGAGCAGGAUACAGACAAGGUCGGGGUCUAGGGAUGGGUUCACCUGUAAAUCCGGAUUCAUCAGAUGGCUUAUGUACAAAUCAGGUGGACAGUGGUAAUCAGUAUGGAUUGGAUAUGGGUGGUGCAAAAGGAGGGCGGAAGAGGAUCACAGACAGUCCGAUCGAGAAGGUGGUGGAGAGGCGACAUCGAAGGAUGAUAAAAAAUCGUGAGUCUGCUGCACGAUCUAGAGCAAGGAAGCAGGCAUACACAGUUGAACUGGAAGCCGAGUUGAACCAGUUGAAAGAAGAGAACACACACCUAAAGAUGGCUCUGGCCGAGCUAGAAAGGAAAAGGAAACAGCAGUACUUCAAGGAAGCGAUAAUGAAAGUGCAGUGUUGUUACCUGGAAUGGUCAUACGAAGAAGGAAAAGGCUCUGAUGGUAAAGGCAUGGCUUAUUGUAACUCUUCACAGCUUCAAGAUAUUUCUUCAAGUCUGAUUCUUUGUGCUAUUCUAACGAGACCUUUCUGCUCUGUAUGGAUUAACAAUUCUCCGGUGCGACUCUAUGAAAAAAUCAGACAGCUUGGAACCAAGGGAAAAGACAUGCUAAAUUCCAUUUCCAAAUCUCAUCCUCCAGCGUCCAUAAAUCCAUUGAUGUUUCUGAUGAACACCAUGACGAAUAAAGAGCCUCUAAUCCCAGUAAAUCCCAUUAGGCUGUACCUUUCAGGAUCACAUGUUGGAUAUUUGAUGAUGUAA